GGAAUAGAUGCUUUGUAAAUAUUUUCAAAUUCACGAGAAAGUAUAGUUAAAAGUUUAAGAAUGCUGCUAACGGGAUUUUUUGGAAUAUUUCUCGUGAUCCUGGGCCUGUGCUCGCGAACAUCGGAUGGCCUUGAGGUGAUUCCCCACGACACCAGCUGCCUGCCGUUCCAGAACACACCCAUGAAGCUGCUCUGCAAGGGCACCUACACCACCGAUCUGUUUCUGCGCUACCAGGACAGAUUGGCCGCCAUAAAUGGCCAAUACAAGAUAUUUUACCACAACCAGGGAGAUGGCUACUUCCUGCUGGUAACCUUCAACGACUCGCCGCUGCAGUGGUGCAACAGCUCAAUUUUGAUGGACGAAAGACUGGACAUCUACUGCGGAGGCAGCCGCAGCCCUCUGCAGCUGCCCGGCUCGCUGAUCUACUGCCAAAUAUACCAGAUGAGCUACAUAGACGAUCUGCUGCACGAAUGCACCAGCCCGAGAAUCAACAACUUUCCCACUACAGACGGCUGGACAGCCGUGCACUAUGCUGCCAUAUCGCACUGGAGUAAUCAGAACGAGCUGGAGUUCGGCCUGGGCCUGCAUUCGGGUGCGGCUGCCCAUCGUGCAACUGGCUGCCUCCUGGCGUUGCUGCUCUGCCUGACACUGGAUCGACUCCUGAAUUGAUUUGCUUGUCAUCCCUACACAUAAAGUUCGAAAUUUAAGUUGCCUAAAAAUGCCUUUCUGUUCCAU